AUGGUGAUCCCCGCCAACCUCGAUUCCUUCAGCCACAACGACCGACCCAAUUCCAAAAUGCCUCCCGAAACCGGCGAAUCACUUGAUCAACUCGGCCCUUUGUGCAAGGAGAGACACGCAAGGCUGAUGAAAUAUUACGAAGAGAAGGGGCCCGCUCUCGGAGAUCUUUGGGCUACUCUCGAUAGAGAGACAAGAAGACACCUUAUCGAGGCCCUGAAGUGGAGAGAACCCCUCCCAAGACAUCAGCGUGACGUCUCCUCCGAAUGGUACUUCGGAAUCACACCAGAACUCAACAUUCGAGGGCUGACUGAGCCAACCAAGAACCUCUUGUUCGACAUUAUCAAGGUGCGUGCGACAAGUUCCCUGGUGCACCAACUCCAAGACCGCUGUGGACCUACAACGGGGGGAGACGUCCUGUUCAUUGAACAAUGGAUGGAGCGGAUGGAUUGUGAUAUGGAGGGGCUGCAUGAUGAAGGACCCCUCUCAUACGACCAGGAUCAAUACCUCUCCUUCACGGAAGACUCUUAUGGGGAGAUAUGCGACCAGGAGCCAAGCGCACAACUCGACAGUCAAUCGACUAGGCGAUGUUCCUUGCCUAUGGGGGUUGGCAUAUAUGCCAUGUACCGCCAGCACGUGAUACUGUCGUUCCUUUACACAAUGCUUCGCGUCCUCAUCGAUAACGAGGAACUAAUCCGGAAAGGAAUUAAGCUUUGUGUCUUAGGACAACCCCAGCUCCGCGUAGAGGACACCAGUGACCCAGAGCUGGCCCUUCUCCAACAAGUUUCAAUGCAAAGAUAUUACUGGGAAACCAUCAGGACGAAGCACCUUACUGAACCGGAGUUCCUGCUUUCGGAGGCGCAAGGCUCCGCUGCAACCGAUCCAGUGCUUGUUCCGGAUAAGCAUGGCAUGAGCGUUUUCAGCCGAUCCUCUGUGGUCGGGACUGCAAUCUGGAACACGCUCUGUCGAACACUUGCGGCGGAACUGGUAUGGACCUAUACGGAAAGGAUGCUCGUACUGAUACUCCUAUCAAGAGAUGACGCAAAGGCCUUUCACGCGGUACUUUGCCAAGAGCUAUCCAACGUCGUGGGGCUGCAUCUCUCUACUGCCAGGGACUAUUUCAGGAGGCAAGUUAUGUUCCACAUUGCUUCUGGCCACUUCACACGAGUCGAGAGCACAGUGAAGGGCGGGGUGGACCGCAUCGUGAUAAGGGGAGAUCCCGAAGAGCUGAUCAGAAAAGAUGCUCAACUCCACUAUAUUCUUCGCCUCUGCCAGCCGGAAACACAUCCAGACGAUGUUUACGACAUUUUGCAUAAGCUUAAUACUCUUCAUGACCAGUACCCGGCCGAAAAAGAGAGGAUGUGCUGGGAGGAGUAUAGCGCCCUGAAAGGGCUCGGAGAGGCGAUCGCUCUGUACCGAGAGGCUGUGCGGCAUAUUCCCGUGUCUCAGAGGAAAGGUCAGAGGCUACUAGGCAGGUGGAAGGUGCUCCAGAAAAAGCUGUGUGAAGUCCAAGCUGAUCUCGACCUCAGUGAGGAGCGUUGCUGGCCCAUUCAGGAGCUUCGAGCCAACGACAAAGCCAGGACUGUCGUCGAGAAAGUCAACGACUUCGUCAAAGACAGAACCGGAAAGGCUAUGCGGCAGCUUUACAAGGACGUGUUCCUGGAAGCGAUGCAAGACGUAUUGCAGACCAAGAAGCAGCUUGAUGAAAAGGCCAAACAAGCUGCCCAGGGAGGUUUGUCCGCUCCCCGCUUUCAGGAGCCGCACCCGGAGCCGCAGGAGCCAUUGAAGAAAAAGAAGAACAAGAAGAAGAAAAAGAACAAGACACGGCCAACCCCAACCUGGAUGGACGAAAUCGGCGACCUUUUUGGCGAUCUCGACUUGGGGAAUGAGCACGACGCACCCGACGCCCACGGCGAGCCUGCCGGACCGAGCGACGCACCAGCCCGGCGCCUACAGGUUUCGUCCGCGGGAGCCCGGGUGUUCCAAACCCUGUUCGAGAAGUCCUCCCGGCCAAGAGGGUCUCUUUCCUGGACAUCGUUCGAGUCAGCUAUGGUCGAUAUGGGCUUUGGCGUCAAGCCCGCUGGCGGAUCGGCAUUCACCUUCACACCUCCGAGGAGCAUGGGCCCUGCGAAAUUGUUUACAAUCCACCGGCCGCACAGCACCAGCUUCGAAGGAUCCCGUGUCAUCCAUGUCGCUUCCCGGCUCAAGACGCAGUACGGGUGGGGACAGGACACGUUUGACGAGGUCUGA